AUGGCUGGGGCGGUGACUGUGGCCACUUGGCUACUGACCACAGCGAUGAUCCUGAUUAGCACAGAGGGGAGGGAGGAAAUCCGCAUCAUCAACGGGACGGAGUGUCCUCGCCACUCUCACCCGUGGCAGGUGGUGCUUUUCUUGGGCCAGAGGCUCUACUGCGGGGCUGUCCUGGUGCACAGGCAAUGGCUUCUGACCGCUGCCCACUGCCGGAAGCCUUCGUACUUGGUGCAGCUGGGCCGCCACAGGCUCCAGGAGAUGGAGCUGACAACACAGCUGCGCAAGGGGAUCCUCACCAUCCCCCACCCCAAAUACUCUCACCCCAAGCAUGACAACGAUCUCAUGCUGAUCAAGCUGGGGCAGCCGGUCCGGCUGACGGCUGAUGUGAAGCCCAUCGGCCUCUCCUCCCGCUGCCCUUCGGCCGGAACCCGCUGCCUCGCCUCUGGCUGGGGCACCACGAGAAGCCCUCAAGUCAGUUAUCCCAAGGCCCUGCAGUGCGUCAACAUCACGAUCCUGUCCAAGGAGGCCUGCCAGGCUGCCUACCCCGGGAUGAUCACAGAGAGCAUGCUCUGCGCUGGCGACCGAACUGGUAAAGACUCAUGUCAGGGUGACUCGGGGGGACCCCUGGUCUGUGAUGGAACCCUGCAGGGGCUGGUGUCCUGGGGAGACUUUCCUUGCGCCAAGCCCAACCGCCCUGGCGUCUAUACCAAACUCUGCCUUUUCACCAAAUGGAUCCAGGAUACAAUCAAAUCCCACUGA